CGAGGAGACAUUGGAUUGUGACAGCUGUCAUAUCAAGAAUAUGGUCGUGAUUCAUAUGUAUUAAUGUAAACAAUUUGACCAAUGUCUGUAUCAGCUAUUCGAAAAAUUAAUUAACCGUGUUUAAUACUUAAAAUAACACAGGAAUCAAUUACGUUUGAACCGUUCUUAUCAAUAAAAGCUAUAAAGGAUGACAAUGGGCGAUGAGACUCCAGUUACAUCACUGGUUCUUCCUGUAAUCUUAAGACCAAUAUUAAUGAAGCUAGAGAGACAAAAUGUAUUGGUUGCUCAAACUUUACGCACAACUCUUUUGAAAGCUGAAAAUUCUCAUCCAGGAAUUACACAUGAUUUAAUUCUUGGUAUAAUACAAAGGGCAGAACUUAACGUUGACAUGAACGAAAGUGUUCUGAGAUUACAAGGAGCGGCUUGUGAUUAUGAUGUUGUGGAAUAUAGAUCAGCUCGAUCGGAAGAUGCUUUUCAAGAACUGAAUCGUAAAUCGACUUCAUUAAAAAGAAUACUUAGCAGAAUUCCUGAUGAAAUAACAGAUCGUAAAACUUUCCUUGAAACAAUCAAAGAAAUAGCAAGUGCAAUAAAGAAGCUUUUAGAUGCAGUGAAUGAAGUUACUGCAUUUAUACGUGGCUCUGCAGGAAAGCAAGCACUCGAUCAAAGAAAAAGGGAAUUUGUCAAAUAUAGUAAAAGAUUUAGCAACACGUUAAAGGAGUACUUCAAAGAAGGACAAGCUAAUGCAGUAUUCGUGAGUGCCCUAUAUUUAAUACAACAAACAAAUAUGAUAAUGCUCACAGUAAAAGAUAAAUGUGAGUAGUAAACAAUAAGUUAAAAGUUGAGGAGUACACGCGAUACUUUUUCAAUAACCGAAGUUACUUGCUAUUAUUGUGAAGCAUAU